AUGACGGAAUCCGAGGUUCCAAAGCGACCACUGUCUAUUGAAGAUGAUACGGAAGAGGGAGUUAAACGGCGUACUGUGGAAAAUCCUUCCAGCAACGUUGAUGUUGUUGAGUCCUUACUGGGGAAAUCCCGUGUGACAGACGAGGAGUUUAAGGUGGUUCUGUCAAAGGCUACACCUGAUCAGAGGUUGCGUUUUAUUCAGCGUCAGUUGUCGCACUAUUUGUCAAAUGAGAACUUAAGUCGUGACAACUUUUAUCAUCAGCGAUUUCAAGAGGCUUCUUCAAAGAAAGGUGUAGAUCAUGUUAUGGAGCUUAAGUACAUUUUGAGCGCCAAGAGGAUGCUUGAGUUAAGGGCGACUCCGGAAGAUUUGAAAGCGGCACUCAGUGCGCAUCCUUUGCCGGGCAUCAGUAUCGAGGAGUUUUCCGACACCCUUUACGUCCGAAAGAGCGAUGGUUUGCCUCGUUUCGAAGGCCGAAAGUUGUUCGAAAAGAAGAAGAAAUUCGGCGAGACGCAAGACACUUAUCAUGCUGCUGGACCUAUUGUGUUCAUAUCUAAUAUCCCAGAUAGCACACGCGAAUGGCAACAGGUUAAGGAUGCUAUCCAGCAGAAUAAACAGGUUCGGGUCCGGUUCAUUUCCCCCGUUACCGAUAGCGGUACCUGCUUCGCUUGGAUCUCCAAGACUCCAGAAUCUAUGUCGGCAGUGAAAGAAUUAUCACCCGUUUUAGAAGGCACUACAUUGAAGGUUUCUCUGAUUGACAGUGAUGACAAGUACAAGGAAUUCAUUUCUACCUUGAAGCCUAGCAUUUUGAGUUCACGUAACAAGGACUUACAACGCGUCCACUCAGAGAUCAUGUCAUCUCCUUUGGACAUUGGUGGCGUGUUGCUUCGCAACUUUGGUUGUUUGCGAGGGUUGCUCAACGGGGUGCUGGAGUCGUAUGAUCAUGGCACAAGAAUCCCCGUUGAUUCUCAGGCCGGUAUAUUGUUGGAGUUCGUGCUUGACUUUCACCCCCGAAAAUCUGAGAAGUUGUGUAAGAGUCAGCGAUCUCUUGUGGGUUUUGAGAUCGCCCUGGGAACUUUUAAGGAGGGUUCCAAGAAGAAGUGUUUUUUGGUUGUUACCAAGGACAACAGUACCGGUGAAGAGUUUAAAGAGGACUUUUCUAUUAGCAAAUGCAUAGAGUGUCUGCGUAUAAUGGCGCACACCAUCCCCAAGACUGACAAGCGUGAUUUCGUCAAAUCACUAUCUAUUACAAGCCCAUGA